AUGGUCAAAGCCGUUGUUGCUGGUGCCUCUGGUGGCAUUGGCCAGCCUCUUUCUCUUCUUUUGAAGACCAGCGCCCUCAUCGACGAGCUCGCUCUCUACGAUGUCGUCAACACUCCCGGUGUUGCCGCCGACCUUUCUCACAUCUCCUCCCCGGCUAAGCUCACCGGCUACCUGCCCGCCAACGAUGGCGCAAGGGCUGCUUUCAAGGACGCUGACAUUAUCGUCAUCCCCGCUGGAAUUCCCCGCAAGCCUGGUAUGACCCGUGAUGACCUCUUCAACAUCAAUGCCGGCAUCGUCAAGGGCCUCAUCGAGGUUGCUGCCGAAGUUGCCCCCAAGGCCUUUAUUCUCGUCAUCUCCAACCCCGUUAACUCGACUGUCCCCAUCUCGGCUGAGAUUCUCAAGGCGAAGGGCGUUUUCAACCCCCAGCGCCUCUUUGGUGUCACCACCCUCGACAUUGUCCGUGCCGAGACUUUUGUUGCCGAGAUUAUUGGCGAGAAACAACCCCAGAAGCUCACCAUUCCCGUCAUUGGUGGACACUCUGGCGAGACCAUUGUUCCCCUUUUCAGCAAGGCUUCUCCUUCCGUCAACAUCCCCGCCGACAAGUACGACGCUCUUGUCAACCGCGUCCAGUUUGGUGGUGACGAGGUCGUCAAGGCCAAGGACGGUGCUGGCUCUGCUACUCUCUCGAUGGCAUACGCCGGUUUCCGGCAAGUUUGCUUUACACACCUAUGCACGACUUCGCUAACCAUUUCACCCAGUUUCGCCGAAAAGGUUCUGAGAGCCGUCAAGGGCGAGAAGGGUCUCGUUGAGCCUAGCUACGUCUAUCUGCCCGGUGUUCCUGGCGGUGAGGCCAUAGCCAAGGCCACCGGCUGUGACUUUUUCUCUGUCCCCAUUGAGCUCGGCCCCAACGGUGCCGAGAAGGCCAACAACCCAUUGGAGGGCAUCACCGACCAGGAAACGGCCCUACUGGCAAAGGCCAUUGAGGGUCUCAAGGGCAACAUCUCCAAGGGUGUCCAGUUUGCCCACAACCCUCCCCAAAAGUAA